UAUAUCUACAGAUGAAUCAUGACGCAGUGAUUAUAUCCAUUAUGCUGCGUCUGACUGUGUCCCCUGUGAUCUCUGUGGUCAUCGGUGUAUCACAGUGAUGAAUGGAGGCACCUUUAUCACACGUCGUUACGGCAUCAUUAGGCUCCGUUACUGUCCCGCCUAUCAUUUGAUCCUAUCCAAUCACACCAGCAUCAGUUUUGGCGAGUCGUUCAAAUUCAGUUUCGAGCUGUAACUGCGCUGCUGCGGCCCGAGUCUACCCUGCAGAUGAGCCAUAUUCUGUGAUGACAGAGACGAUAUUCCAGGAGCUUUACGAUGCUCGGACAUUUGGCUCGCAGCAUAUUUUGAGAAGAGUUGAAUCGGACAUCGCUGCGACACUGCUUCAUGGAGGAUCAUCGUAUGCGCGGUCGGCUCGGUAGGAUGGCACACAGUGCGCAGUUACACGGAGGAAGGAUUGCGUUAUGGUUUUAAAAUAAAAUAAGAAUGGCUGACUCACUGUGCAAGGCCUCUGCCAGGGGAAACCUCAGUGAAGUGUCGCUUUUGCUGCAAGAUGGAGCAAACGUUAAUGGCUUUAAUAUGUACAACAGGACUGCACUGCAGGUGGUGAUGUUGGGGAACGACGCUGUGGUCAGGGCUCUUCUCGAGGCAGGGGCGGACCCCAACAUACGCGACCCGGUCCUCAGACUCACCGUGACGCACGACGCCGCGCGCGAAGGAUUUAUAAACUCUGUGCGCGAGCUGGUAGACCACGGGGCAGAUAUUAAUCUCGUGGACGACCAUGGUAACCUGCCGCUGCACCUGGCAGCCCGAGAGGGCCACCUUGAAGUGGUCCAGCUGCUGAUCGAACGCACCGUGAACCCCCGAACCCCAAACGGUCAGGGAUACACCGCCGCGCAGCUGGCGCACCUCCACAGGAGGGAGGACACUGCCAGAUACAUUGACGAGUAUCUGAGCUCAAACUAAAGGAGGAGGAGGAAGAGGAGGAAGAGGAUGAAGAUGAACCCUUGUUACACUUCUGCUUUUCUGCUUACAUCUUUUUGCUGAUACUUUAACAUCUGAUUAUAUUUUCUAAAAUCUCUCUUUUGUUAAAUUCCUUAAAAGUCUUACUAAAAGUGUGUACACAUUUAUUAUACUUGCUGCUUAAAGAGAAACAGGAGACCAAGUUUAUAAGUUAAAAAAAAGCUAAUUUGGGAUACCAAAAUAAAAAAGUAUAAUUAUAUUGGUUAGUAUGUGCUCCGUAGUUUUUUGGAUUGGCAUUAUUUGAAAGCCACCUUGAUACAUUCUCAUGAGGUUAUUGCAUUUCGUCUGCAGCCUCACGAACAGGAGACAAAGCCACAAAGGUUUCGCUCUUGCUGCUUCAAUGACAAAGUGAAACCCAUUUGUGCACAGUUUAGAAAUGAAAUGAAAUGAGUACAUCACUACAUAUAUCAUGU